UUGUCCAACUUAUUAGGCAUUUAGGCGUGAUAAAGUCUUCAAAGACGGGUUUAGCAUCAUCAUCUGAAAACCCUAGCGCCACAACAACUAUCACUUUAAACAUGUCCACAUCUCCCCCAAACCCGCAAAACCCAGAUCCCAAAUCUUCUGAAAAUCAAAACCCUAAUCCCAAAAUCCCCGAAUCACAAUACCCAGAAAUCUCCAAUCAAACCGUUAACCCAGAUGAAAAGGGUCGGAUCAGCGGCGAUGAGAGAGAAAAAGGCGGAGAAGGAGAAGAAGAGGAAGAAGGGGAAUGUGGGUUCUGCUUGUUCAUGAAAGAGGGAGGUUGCAAGGAUGAGUUUAUAGCUUGGGAAAAGUGUGUGGAAGAUUCAGAGAAGAAUCAUGAAGAUAUUGUUGAGAAAUGCUUUGAUGUUACUGGAAAUUUGAAGAAGUGUAUGAUUGCUCAUUCGGAUUAUUAUGAACCCCUUUUGAAUGCGGAGAAAGCUGCUGUAGAGGAGGUUAAGCAAGAAAUGGAGCGCGAGCAAGAUUCGAGUUCAAACACAGCUGAAGUUGAAGUUACACUGGAAAUGGAGGUUUAGUUUUAGACUUUUAGGGGGUUUGAUCAUUUUUUGGGUACUGAAUUGGGAAAAUUUGUUUCCAAUUUACUGUGAUAGAGGUAAAUUAAGGGUUUGAUCAUUUUUUUGGUACUGAAUUGGGAAAUUUGUUUCUAGUUUACUGUGAUAGAGGUAAAUUAAGUCCAA